AUGGUUCAGGGUGGUGGUCAUAUGAACAAAUUCGCUUGCAGGUGUGCCAUUGUUGCUUCCAUCAUUUCAAUCAUCUUUGGAUAUGAUACGGGAGUUAUGAGCGGAGCUUGGAUAUUUAUAAAAAAGGAUAUGAAAAUAAACGAUACUCAAAUCGGAGUUUUGUUCGGAAUCUUGAAUAUCUUUGCUCUCAUCGGAUCUUUAACGGCGGGGAAAACGUCUGACGUCAUCGGCCGGCGUUACACUAUUGCUCUCUCCUCCGUGAUAUUCUUAGUGGGCUCGGUUCUUAUGGGCUACGGCCCAAACUACGCUGUUUUGAUGGUCGGAAGAUGUAUCGCCGGAGUUGGUGUAGGGUUUGCUCUAAUGAUAGCUCCGGUUUACUCCGCCGAGAUAUCCUCUGCUUCACACAGAGGCUUUCUCACUUCUCUCCCUGAGCUUUGUAUUAGUCUCGGGAUUUUACUAGGCUAUAUCUCGAAUUAUUGUUUUGGAAAAUUGACUUUGAAACUAGGUUGGAGAUUGAUGCUUGGAAUCGCAGCGAUCCCUUCUUUAGUAUUGACCUUUGGGAUUAUAAAAAUGCCCGAGUCGCCGAGGUGGCUUGUGAUUCAAGGUAGGUUAGAAGAGGCCAAAAAAAUUAUGGUUUUGGUAUCCAACACUGAAGAAGAAGCGGAAGAACGCUUCAGAGAUAUGUUAACCGCUGCGGAAAUAGACGAUGAUACAGUGGUGAAUUCGGUUGGGGGCAAUAGGAAGAAGAAUCAAGACAACAGUGUAUGGAAAGAACUAUUGAUUAAACCAAGACCCGCGGUACGUCUGAUCUUGAUCACGGCAGUGGGAAUACAUUUUUUCGAGCAUGCGACUGGGAUCGAGGCCGUCAUAUUGUACAGCCCAUGGAUUUUCAAGGCAGCCGGAAUAAAUUCGGAAGACAAGCUUUUGCUCGCCACGGUCGGUGUAGGUUUAACUAAGACUGUUUUCAUAAUAAUAGCUACUUUCUUGCUAGACAAGGUAGGUCGGAGAAAACUUCUGUUGACCAGCACUGGUGGGAUGAUCUUUGCGUUGGCCAGUUUAGCGUUUUGUCUCAAGAUGAUAGAGCGUUUCAGGCGAUUAGUGUGGGCGUUGAACUUAAGCAUCAUCUCUACGUAUGUGUUUGUAGCGUUUUUCUCGAUCGGACUUGGGCCAAUCACGUGGGUGUACAGUUCGGAGAUAUUCCCGUUGAGACUUAGGGCUCAAGGUGCGAGUAUAGGAGUUGCGGUUAAUCGGAUCAUGAACGCGACGGUCUCGAUGAGUUUUAUGUCGAUAACUAAUGCGAUCUCAACUGGCUGUGCAUUCUUUGUGUUCGCUGGAUUCGCAGUGGCUGCAUGGUGCUUCUUCUUCUUUAUGUUACCGGAGACGAAAGGAUUGCCAUUGGAGGAGAUAGAGAAGCUUUUUGGUGGUGGGGAUGCUCGUGAUGAUCGCAACGGACUAGAGAUCUAA